AUGCUGAGGACACCAAAAGCCGAGAAAACAGACGGAGUGUUACCUCAGGCAUCGAAGAGAGUUCAAGAUAUUAUCAACGAUGAUGAGAAAUAUUCCGAUUUUUUGUCGCAAAUUUCAACAUUAGCCGAUCAAACUUAUUAUGCUGCCUUAAAACGUAGAGAUAUAGCUACAAUAACAAGUAUUUCUCCAUAUCCAUCAGAAGUUGCUAACUGUGGAUCAGGAAAACUUGGUUAUUUGAGCGAAAUUAACAAAUAUUAUUUAAUUAACAGUCAAAAAAUAUAUUUAUGGACACCACUUAAAUCAGAUACUCAAAUAGUUCAAGAAGAUGGAUAUGAUAUUCUCGCUGUUGCAAUAAUGGAGCCAGAUUACGAUUUAAUUUCAGACAAAGUUAGUAAUUUUUUGGCAAUUUCAACACACUCAUACAUUAAAUUAUAUCCUAUCAUGGAUUCAAAGAUUAUUACAGACAGAUUUUACCAUAUUGAAACAAAUUUCACUCCAUUUUCAUUGGUAGGCGGUCCAGACAAUUGUUUGUACGCAGGAUCACAACUAGGUGACAUCCACAUCAUCGAAAUCGUCUCCAAACAAGAUUUUCUUUCAAGAUGUUUAGGAUCUCUUCCAAAGAAUAUAAAUCCAUUUACAAUGCUCGAUCCAGAGGUAGUUCCAACCAUUAAGAACGGAACUGCAUCUCUCUUUUCAGAAAUUACACCAGAAUUCAUCAGAUUUAGAGAUCACGCUUUAAUUAAGUUAGCUUACGAUCCAACGACCAAAUACUUAGCCGCCAUCGAUGAGGACAGCAAUAUCUUCUUCUACAAGUGCUCAAGAAGGCAUUUAUUCCAUGUUGGAUCACAUUAUUCCGGAGAUGUUCCUAUUGUCGAUAUUUCUUAUGUUCCGAACAGUGAUUCAAGACUUAUAAGGUUUGUUGGCUUCGAUCAGCAAGGAAACAGACUUUAUUUCGGUUUUUCAGAAAAAUUAUUAGGAGUAAGCUCAUCAAUCACUUUACAAGCACUCAGGAAGCCACCGCCAGAGUACGAAGGCAAGAAACUACUCAGUGGAGCUUAUUCCCUUGGUUUUUGCGCAUUAGUUUAUAAUGAAGGAGUUUUCGUGACGAAAUCGACCAUUUUAAUGAGGCCAAGCGAAGAAUUCAACAGUUUCGUUGUUCCUUGCUCAGGAGCUCAUGUUUUUUCGCUCAGACAUAAUUUAGAUUAUUUAUCUCCACAACCAGUCUUCACUGAUGCAGAAUUAUGGCAGCAUGUUAUUCCAGCACCACCAUUCCUUCUUUGCUCGCUCGACGGAACAGCAGAAAUCAAGCCAACAGUACCUUUCGAAAAUCUCACUCGUGCUUUCUUAGAAAGCCAAGGUAAACUUACAGAACAUCUUCAAAUAUUCCUUGGUAAUCCACCAAAUACUACUGGUUACGCUAAUUCUUUACUUGCUGCCCAGAAAAGACCAGAAAUUGGAAAAUCCGUAUUCCAGAUCUUCAAAUCUAUCGGAAACAAGCCAGACAGAGUAUCAGAGUCCUUCUAUAAACGUGCUGGAAGGCUCCUCAGCCCUCUCCUUUCACUUCCUGUAAUAGAAUCCCAUUAUAUCAACGUAAACAUCCUUAAUUUAACCAAUGGAUACGUUGCUGAUAUCAAGGGCUUCAUUCCUAUCCUUAAGGAAUAUGCUGAUGUCCAAGCUGAUCCCCAAGAAAAAUCAUCAAUCGCUGAAUUGAUCGAUUACAUCUCAGAAAUUUCUGAAGUUGUCACUUUUUUGGUAAUUUGUUCGAAGCAAGAACCAAAAUAUUUCACAGAAGCCUAUGGAAAAUUAUCAGUUAAUGACAGAUAUCAGCUUCAACAGCCUCUUGGCCAAGGAGAAAAUGUUUUGGAAAUAAUGAAGACAUUUUUAAGACAAUAUGUCUUAGUUAUUCCAACAUCUGCCGAACUUGAUAUGCUCUGCGCCCAGUUCUUCUCAGAAUGUCCUUUAAUUGCUGAUUCUGAAGAAGGAUUACUCGAACAUGCUGAUUCUUUGCUGAACAAUGCCUCUCUUCUUGAUGAUAAAGAGAGAAUUCCACUUCUCCGUGAAGCCGCAACAGCAUAUAUGGAGCUUGUGGCCUUGUUUGGAACAAAUCUUUCAGAUCCCAUCCGUAAACUUACGGAAUUAGGAACUCCUUUGUUCGCCAUCGAGCUUGCUAUGGCAUGGGCAGCCAAGGUUGACCCAAGCAAGAGAGCUUUGGAGUGGUUUGAAACAGGAUGUGAUAAAAAUGACUCACAAGGCUCAAUAUUGUUCUCAGAACUGCAUAGAAUAUACUUAACAACCAUAGCAGCAAGCAUUACUGACGAAGGACUAAAGGAUUUGAAGGAAGGAAAGCAUGAUAAAUUAUAUUGCUACACAAUCUAUGAUUAUCUCCUUCAAGCCAACUUGCAAGAGAAGCUAUUAUCUCUCAAAGCUCCAUAUCUCGAAGGUUUCGUUAAAACAAACGCCAGAAAACUUUAUUGGAGAUUAGUAGUUUUAGCAGACAAGAAAUCGGCCAUUGAAGAGCUCAUUCACCUUGCAAUUGAUGGAGAUAACAUUGAGCUCAACGAAAGAAUCGAUUUCCUUAAAGAAGCUUUGAAGAUCUCCAAAGAAAUUAAUGAUAAGAAGAAUUUCUCUGAAAUCCAGAAAUUCAUCACCUCUGCGGUGCUUUCUACCAGAUUAGAUAAGAAACCAGACCGAAUUCUUCCAAUAAAAGAAGUUGCCGACAUAUCCGAACAACAAUUAAACUUCGAAGUGGCCUUAGCAUGCUACAACACAUUGGAAGACAUGAAUGGUAUCGAAAGAGUGUGGAAGAACUUGUUGCAAAGAACUCCUGAGCUUGCAACACAAAUUUUGAUUGGACUUCCAAAGAAUUCUCCUGCUGCUGAUUUACAAAUGGUCAUUCCUUUGUUAGAGGACACAAAGAUAUCGAACAAAGAGUUACCUGAUGAUUUCGUUAUCUCUACUUUGAUAAAAUCAAAUGUUUCUCUCAAAGAAUGCGCAAGAAUCUAUGAAAAACUACUUGAUAUAGCAUUAGGAAACGAAAAGGGACAAGUAAUGAUAACUGCUUUGAAACUACUAAGUCUUCAUUACGGAGAUGUCGACAAAAUUAAGAAAUUGGCCAGAGAAAUGGCAAAAGAUGAAUCUAACCCUUAUGGAAAAGAAAUUGCUCAAUUGCUUGGAGAAAACUAA